UUGGUCAGACAAGAUCAGAUCCCCGAGGGGUGGGCCUUAGGAACGAACCCAAGUUCCACAUGUUCUUCAACAAACAUGGCGUCUCCGGUACCAGUGGUCGCAGCUGUGCAUCUUGCCUUUCGGGGAUCAACUGGGAUCUCAAUCAACCUAGGUCCUCCCAACUAUGAUCCAGUUACUGCUUUCCAGAAAGAUGAUAGCAAAUCAUGCAAAUGCAUGCUUUUCAGCCCAGACAGCAAAAAAUUUGCUUGGGCAAAUGGAAUAUGUGUGAAAAUUGUCUCAACGUCAACAUGGAAAGUACUUGCCGAGCUCCCCCGUCCAAAGGUGUCAUGUUUAAAAUUCUCCCCCAAAGGAACCUAUCUCAUGACGUGGGAGCCCUGUAUCACUACCACAGCUGGACCUGGUGGACCGAAUUUACAUAUUUACAAAUCAGAAACUGGUGAAUUGGUUAAAGAAUUUAUGCAGAAAAAGCAAACUGGAUGGGAACCCCAGUGGAGUCAGGAUGAAAAGUUGUGUGGUAGAUGUGUGGACAAUGAAUUGCUGUUUUAUGAAGAUUGCAAAUUUGACCAAGCGUCUUUACGUGUCCGUGAUCAAAAAAUUGGCACUUUUGCCAUUGCUCCAGGCACAGCACCUUAUCAUGUAAUCUGCUAUAUGCCAGGCAAAUCUGGCGCACCGUGCUUUGGUAGGCUCUUCCAAUACCCCAAGUUUGAUCAGCAAAGCUCCUUAGCGAACAAAAGCUUUUUCCAGUCUGAUAAGGUUGAAAUAUUCUGGAACAACAAAGGCACGGACGCCUUGCUGUUAACCAGCACAGAGGUUGACAAGUCUGGUAGCUCAUACUAUGGAAAGACAACCUUACACUUCCUCAAUUCUAAAGAAAGUGCCCUGGUGGUUCUUGGGAAGGAAGGUCCUAUCUAUAGUGUUGCUUGGAGCCCAAAGAGCUCAGAGUUCUGUGUCUGUUAUGGUUUCAUGCCUGCUAAGGUUACUCUUUACAACCUGAAGUGUGAACCUGUUUAUGAAUUUGGCACUGGACCUCGCAAUGCCAUACAUUAUAACCCUACAGGCAACAUUCUAAUUCUUGGUGGGUUCGGAAAUCUGAGGGGUGGCAUUGAGGUCUGGGAUGCUCAUCAAAGAAAACUUGUGACUAAACUCGAAGCGCCAGAUACCACAUUACUAGAAUGGUCACCUGAUGGCAAACAUUUCAUGACAGCAACAACUGCACCUAGACUCAGAAUGGGCAAUGGUUUCAAGAUUUGGCACUAUUCUGGAGCAUUAAUGUAUGAACGACCAUGGAACAAGCAGGAGGAACUUUGGGAAGUUUUGUGGCAAAGUUUCCCACCAGGAGAGUUUAAGGAACCUCAAAUUAGCUACAAACAGGUUGAGGGUAUUCAGCCCAGUCAACCAACAGCCUCCAAACAAGUGUACAGACCACCCUCUGCUAGAGGGAAAGAGUCAAACUUUAAGCUGCAUGAUGAGGAGCUCCCCCACCGACCAGGAGAAACUCCAUCAGCAUCUUCAAAUGCAUCAAAGGCUGCAUUAAAAAUGAAGAAAAAGCGAGAAGCAAAGAAGGCUAAAAAGGCUGAGCAGCUUGCGGUGGGUGGCGAUGCAGUGGAGACCCUUGCACCUUCCAAUCCAGCAACAAGAGAUCAGAAACCUCCAGCCACCAAUGGAGUCUCAUCUCUUCUACCAGCCGAUGCUGACAUUGAAGACCCUGAGAAGCUGAAGAAAUUUAAGAAGAUCAAAAGUAAAUUGGGAGAAAUCACCCGUCUGAAGGAUCAACUGGCUAGUGGUAAACAAUUAGAGAUCAAUCAACUCGACAAGAUCAAGAAGGAAGAGGAGCUUUUGAAGGAAUUGAAGGAUCUUGCUUUGUGAUGACACCACGUUGGCACACUGCUGCCGCCAGCCUUUGUGCCCCAAGAUGCUCAAGAGGGGUGGAAGCAGUGCUUGCCUGGCUCAAUGCUGCCGAGUGCAUUCAACUUGGAACAUAAUGCCUUAAAUUUGCCUAGUGUUGUUCCUCAAGCCACAAAGUUUUGUUUGUGUUGUGCCCCAGAGACUCCUCAACUUUAUAAUGAUUAUUCUUCUCAUGAACAUUUUCUAUCGAGUGCUUUUCAAUCAAAAUCCCCACAGUGGGGUCCAAUCUCACUUUCAGUCCAAUCAGGUGGACAACCUGGAUGGAAGAUUUCUAGAAAUGAAUUAUCGGCAUCCAAUGUGCUUCAGCGGAGUCUCUUAGGUUGUGGAGCAUGCCACCAAAGACAAUAUAAUCCGUAUCAGUCAAAUUUUUUUGAAUUGCGACUAAGUUCAGUCUUACCUCUGGCGUGCUUCUCAAAGUCCUUUCGACAUGACUUGUUUGAGGAUAAAAGAGGAAGUCUCUCAGAACUUACUCCUGCUGUUGCUGCAUCCACCAGCAGUUCUGAGCCAGCCUUCAAUUUGUGGACGUCAGAUACUUUUACAUUGGAAGGAGGUCAUUGUCAUUGUGCUACUGUGAAUGACUUCUAAUCUUCAUGAGUUGACAGCACUCAAUUUAAUCUUAAAGGAAAGAUGUAUAUUUUCCACAUGUUGAAUGAAUAAGAAAGUCGCAAAUACUCAACGUCUCUGCUUUACAUAUAUUUGUUUUCUUGUUUGUUUCAAUUUAGGUUUUUGCUCAGUUAAUUAAGUGUAAGCCCUUUGUCUUUGUUUUAUGAAUUUGAUGGACUUGAGAGAAACUGCCUUGUUGGAGUUUAAUCUUAUAUUAGAUGUGGUUGAUAGUUUUUGUAACUUUUGUAACAAAUGAAUUGUGCCCUACCAAAGCUUAACUACAAUGAUUAAAAUCAAACGGGGUUGUUUAUUUUAAUCUGAGAAUAUUAUUAAAAUCAACAAAAAAAAAAAAAAACAAUGAAGUGUUUGGGCCAAGAUAUGACUUAUCUGCAUGAACAUCCCCCCACUUCACAACAGUAUUUUCAAUGCUCUGUGUGUCAGGUAGUUUUGUCUUGUGCUCAUCUAUCUACCUACCUAUCUGUUUGACUAGAUUUUGACAGUGGAUUGUUUUUUUUUUCUCUCUCUCUCUGUACUGAUCAUUUUAUAAGUGUUUAUAUCAUUUAAUUCAGACUAAGCACAAUCAUGUACAUAAAUGAAAAAGUAAGAUUGUAUUCCAUUUCUCUUGAAUUUACCUUUUUCUUGGUGUCAUUGUAGGUUUUCAUCUAUUUUCUUGCUAAUGAUGAAUUGUUGUGGUGUUGUAUGCCCCAUGUGGUUGGUCACAUCAUCAUUAUCUUGAGAUAUUUUUAGGAUUGUUUUUAAGAUUUGAUGUGAUUUUUUGGAAGGCCUCCUAAUGAUUUUCCAAACCCCAUUGAUAUCAGUUAGCUCAUAAGAAUUUCCUGUGGGUUUUAAAAUAUUUUGCUGCUAUUUGCUCCACAGGAAAUAUAAGCACAAACUCUCUGAUAUACUUGUAUUUAUGUAGAAUUACAAUGAUGUUGAAUGUAUGUAUGCCUUAGAUGUCAAUCAGCUUAACAUAUAAAGUCAUGUGCUGUGCAAUGCCUCUCAAAGGAGUAUUUUUCAAGUGCCUUAGACCAUUCGUUGCACAGUUGAAUUAUGAUUCUCCUUCAUGUUCUUCCUCUCUAUGGAGAUCCAAAUUCUUUUUAUCUUGUUUUUUCUUCCUCUGAUGUUAAAAAGCUUUUGGGACAAUUGAAUGUGUGUGUACGCUCUGUGCCAGGGCUAUAAGUUGAAAUGUCCUGUCAAUAAAAGGUUUUUGGGCUGUGGGUGAACUGCUAAGGGCUUCUCAUUAUUUAUUUUGUCAGCAACUUGUGAAUGUAUUGUACACCGUUUUUGUGAAUGCUUUCAAUAUGUGAAGUCGAAAUUCUUCUACUAUGUGAUUAAUGUGAUCAAAAUUCAAGUUGCAGCAAGAGGUUUCAAAGCUCCUGUUGCCUUGUUAUCUACCUCUUACGAUGUCGUUACUUCGCUACUCAGAUGAUUUAAAAACGUUAUAAAGUCUAUUUUCUGUAUGAAAGGUGAUGCAUAAAUGUGCUAAAGCUGCAUUUUGCUGGUAUGAGAUGCCAUGGAUGCCAACAUCAAAAGUAAAGCAGCGUAGGUCAUCCUUAA